AUGGGAAUGUUCAUAGCCGAAAUGAGUAGCAACUCGUUUCAGCUUCUUGGAAUGGCUGAGCUCGGUAUGCUUCCAGAGGUUUUCGCUAAAAGGUCUCGUUACGGAACACCUUUGUUAGGGAUUGUGUGUUCAGCUUCAGGUGUUUUGCUCUUGUUUGGAUUGGGUUUUCAAGAGAUUGUGGCUGCAGAGAAUAUGUUUUACUGUGGUGGAAUGGUUUUGGAGUUCGUAGCUUUUGUUGGGAUGAGGCUGAAGUAUCCAGCUGCAUCGAGACCGUAUAAGAUACCUGUGGGAACAGUUGGCUCGGUUUUGAUAUGUGUUCCUCCUAUUGUGCUGAUAUGUUUAGUUUUUGUUUUGUCGGCUGUUAAAGUGGCUGUAGUGAGCUUUGUGAUGGUGAUGAUUGGUUUCUUGAUGAAACCUUGUUUGGAUCAUAUGGAUCGAAAGAGAUGGGUUAAAUUCUCAGUCAGUUGUGAUUUGCCCGAAUUCCUGAAGGAAAGUCAAGAAGUGGAAGAUUCUUUGUUAAGUUAG